AUGACAAAAUAUACGUAUUUGGUUCCAAAUGAUCGUCAGACUCAAUGGUUGAACGUUCUCUUAGCGAAGAAUGGAGGCGCCCUCAAAAAGAUCACUGGACUAACUAUAUUAGGUGUAUCACUUUACAUUGUAUCCCCUACAUUAAUUAUUUCUCUUUUGAGAACAUUAGGUCUUCGAGAUAAGGAUACCAAGGAAUCAUGUCGAUUGGAUAGGACUACGAUGGGGUUAAUAAAUGCCAGGAAUGAUUGCUUCAUAAAUUCAUCACUUCAAGCUCUAGUUCCCUUGUCAUCGUUUACUGUAUAUUUAAAUUCCAUACUAUCAAAAUUACAAGAGGAUAAGAACUUAAGCCUACCAUUACAUAAGAAUCUCGCCAAGACAGUUUAUGAACUGCAAAAAUUAAUUGUUGAUUCAGAGUCUUAUUCAGCAGAGUUGAUAAUAUCUACGAUGGAGCAUAUUUUUAAAGGAACGAUAUCCCGGCAGCAAAAUGAUGCCCAUGAAUUCACUCAAUUAUUAUUAGAGACGUUGUUUAAGGAAUUAGCGGUGCUUCCAAAGGGGGUUAUAGAAGUACCAAUGAAGGGAGUGGUGGGCAAUCAUUUAAUCUGUAUUAGAUGUGGCCAUAUUUCGCAAAUCAAAGAGGAGAUGUUUUCAAUUUAUGAACUCAACGUACCACAAUGUUCUUCAAGCAAAUUAACGGAUAUUAUCCAUAAUAACCAAUUAGAAAAGAUUGAAGGUUACUCAUGUUUAUAUUGUGAGAUAAAUAUGAUACUAAAGAACGAGAAUUAUAGAAAUAGUGACGGCUUUACUGGAGAUGAUGAAGAAAAACGGAAAUUGAGAUAUCUUAAAGAAGUCUUUUUGAACAAUUUAAUGAUAAACCAAGAAUUACCGGAUGAUAUAAUGCAUUAUAUUAAGUCUUAUAAGAGAGGUUAUUGUGACAUAUCGAAGAUGGAAAAGUCUGACAUAUUUCGAAAAAGGAGACUGCUCCAGUGUCCAAAAGUAUUAUUAAUUCAUUUAUCGCGAUCAAUGUAUAAUGGAAUGGCAUAUACUAGAAACCCAUGUAAUGUCGAGUUUGAAAAUAUACUUGAACUAGAAGAGGAACAAAUGUUGCAGAGCAGUCCUGGCGAGAAGACAUUUAUUAAUUCAAACAGUAAAAUAAGAUAUGAAUUGAAGUCGUUAGUGAAGCAUACUGGUUCACAUUAUCAAGGGCACUACCAAUGUUAUAGACAUAAGCCUAAAUUACGAAUUAAUAAGGAAAAUGGUGAAAUAAUUAAUCGAUCUUCAGUAAUCGAUAACAAUCUGUUAAAAGAUGACGAAGUGGAGGUAGAAGUCAAGGAAGAAAAUACAGUACCUUCCCAAUCUUUCAAAAAGAUUAAAAGUGUAGAAACAUACCCAUUUUGGAAAUUAUCUGAUACGUCGAUUGAGGAAUCAACUGUGAAGAAAGUUUUAAAUGAAAAGAAAUCAGUCUAUAUGCUCUAUUAUGAACGUAUUUAA